CAGUGAUUAUACAUGGGUGUGCAUUGGAAAUAUCACCCGUCAUACUAUAAUACUAUUGAAUAAUAGUGGGAAAAGACAUAGGAGAUGGUGCCCGCUAUUACUCUGUCUCUCGUUCUGACGAAUCUUGUUGUCCACAAUCUCCUGUCGUGGAUACCUGAAUCCCUGGUUGACUGCAGCUCCAGGUGUUUCCACAACACAUCAUGUUCCUCCUUCUUCUACAACCGAGGCGAUGGAACCUGUAACUUGAAUACUGUUGUCUACUCUGCUGUGAGCGACACUCUAACCCCCUUACACGGCGUGUUGUACUACGAGUGGAAGCAUGAAGGCUGUGAUGAGUCAGCAGGUCGGACGUUUCAGAGGGCCUCGUGGCUGUGUUUCUAUGUUGUUCAAAUUGCGAUGACACACAGCUCAGCACAAGCAUCUUGCUCCCUCCUAACUGCCAACACCCAGAGUAAGGUGGAUCAAGCUUACAUCAUAGCUUCACGCUACGAUGAACGUCAAUGGAUCGGGGGACAUCUCUCCUCUGGCAUUUGGAAAUGGACGAGUGGCAAAUCGUUCGGCGAUUUUCUGGCAUGGAUGAGCCCACACCCGAUACCAGGCAGGGACUGUAUGAUCGUGCCGAUGGCAAAGCCACAAUGGGCCUCGGACGUAUGCGCUAGUGCCAAAUGGUACAUUUGUGAGGUAUCAAUUCCCCAGGAAACAUCAUAUUGCAACUACUAGAAUCUGAUGAAAGACGAACCGCAGUGGUUGUAUGGUAAUCAAUCACCCCCACAGGAAAGCGCAAUCGACUUGCCUUUGCAGACAGACAGAUAAUUUAUUUGAGUCUCGUCUCGUUACAUAUAAAUUUUAUGGGGAAUCAACUCUUUAAACAUAUCUCAGUAUAAAAGAAUAUAGAGUAACGAGCCACUCCCUACGGAAUAAUGAGAGACUCUAUGGACAUCGGUGAAAACAUGUAUACAUUUUCACAUAUAAUAGACACGAUAUAAAUACAGGUCUUGGCAGUUGUAUAAAUCAAUCCUGGGCUGGACAGUAUGAAACCUUUCGGUAAAUUACUAAAACUAUCAAAAUCAGAACAUAUGUAACGGUAUUUGGAAAUAAAACAAAACCUUAGGUCUUCAUAGCGUGGACAAUGUGAUAAAACAUGCCUUUCAUGUUCUAUUUCAUCCGUACAAAACGGGCAGGUUCUCUCUGCAAGCGGUUCUGCAACACAUCUAAACCUUGACAGUGUUUGUUUGUUUAAUUGUUGUUUAACGCCUCACAGCAAUAUUCCAGCUAUAUGACGGCGGUCUGUAAAUAAUCGAGUCUGGACCAGACAAUCCAGUGAUUAAUAUCAUGAGCAUCGAU